AUGAUGAAUGAAAAUAUUUGCUGGUAUUAUAAAUCAAACAUUAAUCCGUGGCCAAACACAUCAACAACCGAUAUAAAUCAAAAGGAAUGGAGUAAAUAUAGAGAUAUUGAAAUUGAUCUGAUUGAAGAAACCUAUCAAAAGAAUGAAUCCUAUGUAUUAUUAGAUCGAUAUCGAAUAGAUUUGAAAGAAUUUAUUCAAAUAAAACUAACAGAUGAAACAAAACAACGACCAAUUAAACGUCAAACUAGGGAUGCGCAGUUUCAGUUAACCGUACACUAAUGUUUACGUGAAUAUCGUUUUGGUUCAUCACUACCAUUAAUAUCAGAUAGAUCUUCAUCCUCGUCGUCUUAUGGUAGUUCUGAUUGUUGGUGUCCAUUUUUAACUGCUUGGCUCAAGAGUUCUGCUGGUCAACAAACUUUUAUUCAUUUCUCUAAAUGUAUUGAAGCAUGUGCUCAAGGUAUUGAACGUGAAGCUGCUUUGUAUGGUAAUCAUAGUAAUGCAGAAGCAGCAUAUAUGGCUGAAAAAAUUCGUCAAUGUUCAAACAAAUCUCGUGUGGAAAUAUCCAAACAAUGCAUUUCUUUCUAUACAAAAGAUAGUUUUCUAUAUUAUGCUUUGAAUGAAGCUUUACGAAAACAAGAUUAUACAAAAAUUGAAACAUUUGGACCAUUAUGUUAUCUUAUUCGAAAUUAUUCUUGUCUUGAACAAGAUUAUAUUGGCAUUGUUUAUAGAGGAUUACAAUUAGAUUAUACAGAUAUAGAUCUCUACAAACAAGAUAUAAGCCAAUGGAAAACUUGGCCAGCAUUUACAUCGACUAGUAAAGAUCGUCAACUGGCUGAAAUGUUUGGAAAUACUUUAAUCAUUAUUGAAGUGACCAAGGUUAAACUUAGUUCUCCACGAGCUUAUGAUAUUGCUCAUAUAUCGAACUAUCCGCAUGAGCAAGAAGUACUAAUGCCAGCUGGAGUAUCAUUUCAAAUACUAAAAGUUGAACAAGAUUUGUCACAAAAAUAUAUUAUAUAUGUGAAAGUUUAA